UGAUGUACUUCCGGUGACGUAGUUGUUGUGAGGAAGAGUCAAAGGUGGGAGCGUCAGGCGGAUCGGGACGUCAAGUUUUCUGCGCAAAUCGAGACAUAAUUAGCGUCGUCUUUUCAGAGAAUUAAAAACAAAUUGUAUGAAACCGUCGAAGACUUGUGUUAAGCUGAAAUAGUACUUCGUGGUGGCAAAAUGGAGGCCGCUCCCAGGAUGCCGAUGAUUUGGCUGGAGCUGAAGGAAGCGGGAGAGUUUCAGUUCAGUGCCGCCGUCAGACAGUACAUUCAAAUAAACUAUGGUGAGAACCCGGAGAACUACAGUGAGGCCCUCAAGAGGCUGGAGCAACUUAGGCAGAGUGUGGUAAACAUCCCGAGGGAUUUUGAAGGCUGCAACACUCUUAGAAAAUACUGCGGUCAGCUGCACUUUCUGCAGAGUCGUGUACCAAUGGCAUCCGGCCAGGAGGCUGCAGUGCCUGUCACAUGGACUGAUGGCUUUUCAGGGAGGAAUGUCACACAUGAGGAUAUUAAUUAUGAACAGGCUUGUGUCCUGUAUAACCUGGGUGCAUUGCACUCGCUGCUGGGAACUGUGGAUAACCGCCUAUCUGAAGAGGGGAUGAAAGUGUCCUGUACGCAUUUCCAGUGUUCUGCCGGGGCUUUUACUCACCUCAGAGACCACUUUAAUCACAGCUACAGCUCUGACAUGAGCAGCCAGGCACUCUCAGUCAACACCAACCUCAUGCUGGCACAAGCUCAAGAGUGUCUCCUGGAGAAAACUUUACUAGACAACAGAAAGAGUCAUUUAAUAGCAAAGAUUUGUGCUCAGGUUUGUGAUUAUUAUAAGGAUUGUCUGAGGGUGUUGGAUAAUUCUGAAUGUGUGCCAGGAAGGAUUCAGAAAGAGUGGAGAAAGCUUGUCAACAUGAAGAUCAGCUACUUCAGUGCCGUCACACAUUUACACAUGGGAAAGCAGUCAGAGGAACAGCAGAAAUAUGGAGAAGCAGUCGCUUACUUUCAGUCAUCCCUGGACAAACUUAAUGAGGCAAUUAAGCAGAGUAAGGGCCAACCGGAAUCCGUACAGGAAGCUUUGAAAUUCACAAUGGAUGUGAUUGGUGGAAAAUAUAACUCAGCUAAGAAAGACAAUGACUUUAUUUACCACGAGUCUGUGCCUGGUCUGGACACAUUGGCUGCAGUAAAAGGUGCAUCGUUGGUGAAACCCCUGCCUAUAAACCUAACUGAUCAAAGUGUCACUGGUCCUGACCUCUUCUCGAAACUUGUACCCAUGGCAACUCAUGAGGCCUCAUCCCUUUACAGUGAGGAGAAGGCAGGGUUACUUAGGGACAUUGUGGCUAAAAUAGAGGAUAAAAACCAAAUCCUUGAGAAAUUUAUGGAGUCUCUAAGCAGUGACUCUGUGUUUAAAAUAGACAUGUUUAAAUCUCUGCCUGACGCGCUGUUGGAAAAAUGUGCAUUUCUCAGUGUACGACCAGACACUGUCAAGAACCUCGUUCAGGCCAUGCAAGCACUAUCUAAUGUUUACACCGAUGUGGGUUCAUCUCUGGAUGAGGUCCGUAGUGCCCUUGAGGAAGAUGAGGCUGGGGAGAAGAGUUUGAUGGAGGUAGUGGGGCAGAAGGGAUUGCCGACAAGGCCUGCAGUCUUUCAGGAUAUUCAAAAAGAGUUGAAGAAAUAUGAAGCUGUUCAUCAGACAGCCAGCAACACUAACACCGAGCUCCACAAAGCCAUGAACCAGCACAUACCAAACCUUCGUCUGUUACAGGGAUCUAUUGAGGAACUCAGAAAGAGCCUGCCCCAGCCAGAACUUAGUCAAGAUGAAACGUCAUCCCUGCAAAAGAUGAAGACCAUUCUUGGCAAAGUUGAUGAAAUGCGAAAGCAGAGGAUCUCAUUGGAGAGCCAGCUUCGUGACCUUAUUCAUAAAGAUGACAUCACUGGGGUCCUUGUAACCACAGAUCGUGCUGAGAUCAAGACAUUGUUUGCGGAGCAGUUGAAGAAAUAUGAUCAGCUGAAGGGAUAUAUAGAACAAAACUUGGUUGCCCAGGAUAACAUUCUGAAAGCCCUAACAGAAGCCAAUGUACAGUACGCCCCUGUCCGCAAGACACUCACGCUCACAGAGCAACAAUGGAACAGCACUGUGCAGGCCUUGAUUGCCUCAUUUGAGGCAUAUGAGGACUUGAUGAAGAAGGCUGAGGAGGGAAAAGACUUCUACCAGGAUCUGGACAAGAAGACCUCUGCUCUGUUGGACAAAACAAAGUCCUAUUGCCAAACCAGAGAGGGAGAGCGAGUUGCCUUGCUGGAAAAGGAGAUUGGAAAAGGGCCGCCUCCUAGACCUGCCGCCCAAAAGCCUGUGGUCGGCCAGAAAAUUGUUGGUCAUAGAUCUGGCCCUUCCAGUCUUGAGUCUGUAGGUCCUUCUGUUGCUUCUUUUAAAGAUCUCCCACAAGAACUACGAAGCCUCCCUCCAAAUCUGAAUUUGCCUCGAGUUCCAGUAGUUUCCAAUCCUAUUCCUCAUGGUGCAACUCCUGUUAGCUGGCCACAAGGGGCAAACCCUUUUCUGCCAACUCAGUUUUCUAACCCGCAGUUUCCUACUACAGAUCCAAAGCUUAGGCAACAGUUGGCCCACCAUCUCCCACAGGUUCCUUAUGGCCAGCCCUCUGCACCCCAGCAAAUCCCUGGGUCGCCACAGCAGUUCCAGGUAAGACCAGCUGGAGGUAUCACACCUGUCCAUCCACAGGUUAACCAAUCGAGCACCCCACAGGUGCCUGCUCAUGGGUACAAUCCAGCUCUAUGGCAGCAAGGUGGGCCUAUUGCUGUUACAGGGGGUUAUUCUGUACCUCCACAGAUGGGACAGAUUCCCCAAAGUUCCUUUAGGCCUGGUUUACCAGGACAACCACAAGUAUCCUUGCCAAACUCUCUAGGGCAGCAGAUGCCGACUGGCAUGCCUCAGUCUUCCUCUGUCCAGCAGAUCAUACAGGGAGCACCAUCCCAAAACUUUACCAACCAGCCUAGCCAAAGCAUCCCCUCAACCACACCAAGAAGUGCAUUUCCUGGGCAAAUCCUUCCACCCUUUCCACCUGGGCAAGUCCAGCCUCCAAUGCCGGGGCAAGCACAGCAACAGACUGGCCUUCCCUCAGGUUACCAGCCAGCUUUAUUUUCACAUACCCAACCCCAGCUUGGUCCACCAGGCCAACUGACAAUGUCCCAUCCUCAGGGAGCCCUCACUCCAGGGCAAGUUCAGCCUCAGUCCACUCUUUCCAAUCAUUUCCACCCGGGACAACUUCCACAAAACAGGCCUCAGCCUUAUAUGGGUUAUGCCUCCACAUCUUUCCCAUCUUCACAACCGCAGCAAAUUCCUGCACCCCACCAAGUACAUCCAGGGUCUCAAUUCUUACCACAGGCACCCUUGAGCCAAAAUUCCCAAGUUCCUUUUGUCCCUCGUCCACUCAGUCAACCCCAAAUCCAACCAGGAGCUAUUCCUCCACAAAGCAAUGUGUAUUCAUUUGCACCAACACAUAUGGUUCAACAACCUACAGGCCAACAGACCAUUCCAUCUCAAUUCAACACCAUGUUUAAUAGACCCGGGGGACAGCCCAUGUGCAUGCCUGGUCAAAGCCAAAUACUUGGCCCUCAAAAUAUGGCUCACUCGUCAUCAGGACAAGCAGUUGCCCCAGUGAUGGACAAUCCUGUUCCACCUUCACUUGGCAGCACCCUCAUACCUACUCCAUCACCUCUUCAGGUUUCCACAUCAAAUGCUGCACCACCAAGUUCUGACUCCACUGCAAUUCUGGAUUCUCUCCAGAACAAGGUGAAUAAUCUCAGCAUUCAGUCCUAAACUAAUUCCCAUGAAAACAAAUUAAACAACUGUGCAUAUGCAGUCAAUGGUAGUCAGGAUACCAUACAGAGAAUAAUCAAAAACGACGACCGUCAACAGGGGGUGCCAAAAAAUGAUGAUCUUGGUGAUUUGGAUCCUUUAUGGUCACAACACAAAAUCUGAUGCCUGAGCACACACUAAUACUUGACUUUUCUACAUGGCCAGUGCUAACCCAAAAUUGCACUGUACUCUCAGUACCUGUAAUUACACACUAUGACUUAGCAAAUGUACUAUAAGCAAAUACAAAACUGCUUUUGCACUGUAAUUCUAUGCAAUCCUCUAAUAUUGUCUAAUUUCACUCUAUGAAUUUCUAUUCCUAAAUAGCACUUUAGUUUCCACUGUAAUGAGAAUGAUGACAACGAUGAUGAUGAUGAUGAGGAAGAGUUGACUAUGGUUGUUUCUAUGUUAGGAUGAAUUUUCCACUAUUUCAGAAAUAUUUUGACACAAAAGCUAUUCUAGUACUUACAUAUAAUUUUGUGAUAAAGUAUAAACAGUUUUCUUUUAGCGCUGUAUACACUGUAACAAUUUGAAUAAUAAAAAAAUUAAACUAGUUGAAAAUUCAAAAUGUGUUUACAUGUCUAUCUUUAUAAAGAGUUGUGUUAUCAGCACUACGCACCUGGAUAUGCAGUUGUUCACAUAGCGCAAAGCUUGGUCAAACUGUAUAGGGAACAUCUUGGAACAAUCUUCAGGUACUUGGUGUAUUUAGGGUUUAAGUCACGUCAGUGUUUUUUUUAAAGUCCCUACUCUGAUAAGUGAAUUUUUACUAGUCUGAGUCUAAGUGUCCUCUUCAGCAGAUUCCCUAUGCAAGUUUUGCCUGAUGUGUUCGUAUUAAUAUAGCAUACAAAAUAUAACCAGUAUAACAGAUUAUAGUGUAUCAUACAAUAAACAUGCUGUUGUGUGCUAAUGUACCAUUGUUAAAAGAACCACUGCCCUAAUAUGGCCAUAUGAUGGCAGUGUCUUGUUGUGUUCUGUUUUAGAAUUGUCUAAUAUGAGUGUGUCCUUCUUUCUGCAUGGGUUACUGGAGCGGUCUCGAUUAAAUCAAUAUGCUUCAUUUGCUUCAGGCACAAAGAACCACAGAACUAUUACACGUACAUCCUGCAGUAAAUGUCUGCAAAUAAUAAAACAGGCAUGCUCAUGUUGAGUCAGGUCUUUUGGAGAGACUUCACGUCUAUUACACAUUUCUCCUCUCUCUCUCAAACUGUACUCAUAAGCAGGUCAAAGAGAGGAUGAUUAGGAGAAGAGGUCAGAAAGUGCACCCUGUGUAACGGGUAGUGACUGGAAUCUAGUAUUGAACAGUAUUGAUGUAUCUCGUUGCAUGUUAACAUGAAAAUGGCUAA